AUGGCUUUUAGAGGAGGAGGCCGAGGAAGAGGACGAGGACGAGGAGGAGGAGGGUUUGGAGCGAAUAAGUAUGUCAAGCCCGAGCCUUUUGUGAUUUUCCCUGUAAAGAGUGAGAGUUUAGACAUUGAGAGGUUUUCAGACGCGUUGGAGCCGAAGAAGAAGUCUAAUAAGAGUGGUUCCUUUUAUGAUUUUCUUGUGCUUAGACCUGAUAACUUCCCUAAAGAACUUCUUGGAGAUACUCGAAGAGACCGGCCUGUGAAGAGAGCAAAAUGGACUCCAGACACAGAUUUGCGGAAAUUGGAUGUGUUUGAGAAGCUUGAAAUAAAAUAUGGGGAUGAUGGCAAGGAAGUGAAUGGAGAAGCAGAAGAUGGUGAAGAAGUUGAGGAAUCAGAGGGAGAAGAUUCGGAUAACGGAGACUAUGAUCAGAUGAAGAAGUAUAUUAAGCUUCUUCGUCUUCUUCCCCCAAAGUAUCAAGUUUUGCAGACAAGACCUGAAGCUACGCAUGUCCCGGGCUUUAGUUUUAGAGACCAGCCAAAGCAGUACUACAUAAACAUUUCAACUUCAAAUGAAUUAUCUCAAUUUUCAUUUGAAAGUGAAAGUAAGAGGACUCUCUCGAAGCAUAUCGUCCACAAUCUCUAG